ACAGAGUUCGCCGAAAUCUGCAGUUCGUCAGAUCGCACAGUUGGCGCCAUCAAGAUGUUCCUGGGAUUAUUGCUGCUGCUGCCUUUGGUGGCUGAGGGCUCGAUCCUCGGUAAUCUCUUCUGCUCGCUUCCUGAUGCCUCCACAGAGAGCCUCAAUAUCACCACCGCGAACAAGACAUGGUACGUGAACUACCAGUACGCCGCCCUCCCCGGAAUGUCUGCACUGACUGGGUGCAUUCUCGUCACACAGUUGCCAGGAGACAGCGACAACCAGAUCACCAUCUACGAGAGACCAAGCAAGCUGUCCUCACUCGCAUUUAGUGGUACAGCUACUUAUGAUGGAAACCGAAUGAACGUCGAAGUUGAUGGCCCAUUGGGGCUUCUGCUUAGCGUGCCACACAACGUUGUUUGGUCUGAAGAGGAUAUCUUCAUUGAACAUUUCUGUGUAGCCGGCACAGAGAUGGCCAACAUCUUGACAACUUAUGAAAACCCGAGCAACGAAGUAAUCGAGCGCAUAUGGAAAAUCGUUGAAGAUCAUUCUGAAGUAGACAGAAAAAAGUUUUCCAAGGUCGACUGCUAACCUGUAACAAAUAAAUAUUGACUGCAGCUUA